CAUGAUGCUAGGGGAGGGAGGAGGAGGGGUCUACACAUGUAAGACUGGUUGUAGGUGUGGAGGGAGGGGGAUGAAGCUGACAUAGGUGUGUUUAAGUACUGUUUUGACCUCCCGUCUGCAGUGGGGUUUUCCACACAGAAAGGACAGGCUGCCGUACGCUGUGGAUUCACUGAACUCAUGGCUUGGCUCUCCUUCACAGAAGUGGGCCUGCUGCUUUUGUUAGUGAUGGCCUUGAUGCUCAGUGCUGAGGCAAGAGAGAAGACGCCAAAGGUGCUGAGGAGGAAGAAGAGAGAGUGGAUCUUUCCUCCUGCCAAGCUGAUGGAGAACGUUGACUACAGAGAGAAGAAAUUCAUUGCCAAGAUUCGCUCCGAUAGAGACUCAGAUAGGGAGGUGCAUUAUUUUCUCAAAGGACCAGGAGCUGACAAGCCACCCAUCAACCUCUUUUUGGUGGACCCUGACACAGGGUUUGUACGUAUCACUAAGGUUCUGGACCGGGAGGAUUGCCAAUCCUACAAUCUGACAGGGAUCGCUAAAUACAGAGAUGGAACCACAGCAGAGGAUGACAUCCCGCUGACUGUCACAGUCCUGGAUGAGAAUGACAACCCUCCUCGCUUUGAGAUGCAUUCUGGCCACAUCGAAGAGGCUAGCAAAGCAGAUACCUUUGUCAUGCAGAUCGAGGCGAAAGAUGAUGACCAACCUGGAACAAUUAAUUCAGAGAUCGCCUACUCCAUCAUCAGCCAGGAGCCGGCGGGCACAGGUCACAUGUUCACUAUAGACAGAAAGACAGGCAAACUAUCCGUCAAACAGGCCACGUUGGACAGAGAGACUCAUGACUUCUACAAACUGGUUGUACAAGGGACUGAUCUGGGAGGGGCAGUAGGGGGGCUAACAGGGACAGGAACUGUGGAGAUCAAGGUCCUGGACAUCAACGACAACCGCCCUGUUCUGGAAAAAUCUGAGUACUCUGUCUCAGUGGAUGAAAAUGUUGCUGAUGUCGUUGUGAUGAGAAUCAAAGCUCUGGACAAAGACCUUAUAAACACAGACAACUGGCUGACGGUCUAUUCAAUCGCUUCAGGAAAUGAGGAUAAUGUCUUCUCCAUUGAGACAGACAAUGUAACCAAUGAGGGCAUCCUGAAGCUGAUCAAGCCAGUGGAUUUUGAAGAACUCCAGAAGCUUGAGCUUGGCCUUCUCAUUGCAAAUGUAGCUCCAUUUGUGGAUGGUGGUGCUAUGUACAUGGAUGUAGACAUUAAAGUUGGAGAAGGUACACCUAUUGCUGCCGGUACCGGUGCCGAAGCUGGUGCCGGCGCCGGUGCCGGUGCCGAAGCUGGUGCCAGCGCCAGCUUCGGCGCCGGCACCGGCACCAGCUUCGGCGCCGGCGCCAGCUUCGGCGCCGGCACCGAAGCUGGUGCCGGCGCCGGUGGCGGUGCCGGAGCGGUAGCUGCAGCUGGAGUCGAUGUUGGAGUCGGUAUUGGGUUGGAUGCAGGACUUAAGCCAGGAGUCAAGCCAGGACCUGGAACAAAGCCAAAGCCAAAUGCACCGACUAGCUAUCCCAUUAAAAUAGCCGUGAAUAAUAUGCCGGAGAGUCCAACAUUCAUACCCAACACCAAGAUUGUUCCUGUAUCAGAAGAUGUAAAUCAAGCACCUGACGAUGGUGUGAUCACAACGUUCACUGCAACCGAUCCAGACACAGGAGAGCCAGCUGAAGAUGUCAGUUAUGCCAAGGCCUAUGAUCCAGACAACUGGUUUACCAUCGAUGAAGAAACAGCUGAGAUUAAACUCAACAAGGCACCAGAUAGAGAGUCACCGUUCUUGGUGAAUGGUACCUACAUUGCCAAGAUUCUGGCCAUAACCAAAGACAUGCCAUCAAAGACAGCCACGGGAACAAUAGCCAUUAAAGUCACUGACUUCAACGACCACUGUCCCACCCUGACCACCACCUACAGCAGUCUGUGCUCCGAUGAAAAAACUGUUCAUGUCACUGGCUUUGACGAGGAUGCUUAUCCCAACGCUGCUCCAUAUACAUUCAGAAUCGUACCUGAAGGGACUCGAGGCAGCUGGGACGUAGAAGUCAUCAAUGCUACGAGUGCCGCUCUUCACUCUCUUGAGUCACUGUGGCCCGGCUCAUAUCAGCUGCAGGUGGAGGUGUUGGACGCUCAGGGUCUGUCUUGUGAGACCAAAGAAAUUUUUACUGUGGACGUUUGUACCUGUGCGGAAACAAAGGACUGCACGUUGAAGACAGCCAGACUAGGAACUACUUCAUCUGAGUUAUCUGCCCCAGCCAUCGGCCUGCUUCUAAUGGCAUUGUGCUUACUGCUGCUCAUCCCUCUUCUCCUGCUGUUCUGUCAGUGUGGAGGAGCAAACACCAUAUUUCCUGACCAAUUUAGUGAUCUGCCAUUUGACGCCAAAGAACACCUCAUAUCCUACCACACUGAAGGCAGAGGCGAGGAUAAGGAAGUUCCACUCCUAAGUGUCCCUAUUAUGUUGGGAAGCCAGAAGAAAGUUGAAGCCGUACAAACAGCGAGCUUCAAUGCCAAUCCUUCAAAAAUUACAGAAACUCAUCAGCAAAGGUCAAGCUAUGCUGAAACUGUGCAGAAGAUUUGGGAAACCAACCAAAGUUCGAUGGAGACCGACAACGCCUACGGGUUUUCGACGAAAUCUUUCAACCAUGGCAAUGGCAGUGCUUCACUCAACAGACAAACAUCUGGUGGCCAACAUACGACAGCUCUGUACGAGGAUAUAGCCCUACCUGAUGCUUUCCUCCAUGAUUACUACUCACAGAAAGCGGCUUGUGUUGUGCAAGUGAAGGACUGUCUUUUGGAGUAUGACUUUGAGGGCCAGGGCUCCUCUGCUGGCUCAGUGGGCAGCCUCCUUGGGUCUGACAAUGACCUGCAGUUCCUCAAUGACCUCGGGCCAAAGUUCAAGACUCUGGCUGAGAUCUGUUGCCCACCUACACCCAAACCUUCUCUGACACACAGCAUAACAGGCGCUGUCAAAGCACACAUAGUUGAUAUUGCUGAACCGGUUAAUAUGCCCAAAAUUGAUCGCAUUGUUGAAACAAAGCAUACCGAUAUAAAGACAGAGAAAGUCAUGUCAUCUACUAACAUCUCCAAAUCAUCUGACAGUACUGUAAGCACUGCCCCAGCAUCCAUGACACUUCCUCACUCCAAUGUUACUAACAUCAGUCAUUCCUCUAACAUCAGUCAUUCUGCUAAUCUGCACCAUCAAGCUCAGACAGUCAUACUACAGCAGCAGCCAGUUUACUACACCACCGGCCCUGUACUACAGCCUGUGCACUAUGUAGUUCAACCACAGCUUCAGAACAGUGUUCUGCUGGCAGAUGGGGCCCAUGGAGCCAAUUUUCCAGGCCUGUAUGUAGUCAGUGAACCUCAAAGUCCUUCUGCUCUCAUAAUCAGUAGAACCCAAGGCUCUCCUUCUGGGUUACUUUUACGGGGCAUUGAGAGCCCCACAAGCCCUGUCAGGCUCGCCAGUCCAGUAAGUCCAAGCCUGUUGCUACCUGGUGGCCCAGGAGUAUCUCAGGGCUCAGUCCUUGCGGAAGGCUGGAAAAUGGUAGGGCCAAAUCCUGAUGGUAGUUAUAUGUUAGUUAAAGACAUGGGUAGUCCAGGUGAGGCAAAGGGGGUGAACCCAGGCACAUCUCAGGGCACUUUGCCAAGAGAUGCUAUCCUGGUAAAAGAGGCUGCUCCCCCUCAGGGGGUUUUAGGUCCAGCAGCCCAGGGGAGUGUGUACGGCAUUCUGCCAGGACACACCAUUGCUAAAAAGGGGGAUUUUGUUGCAGUAAACAGCAAUUUGGGGAAAACAUGGGUUGGGCAGCCAGGGCAGAUGGGUUUUGGGCCAGGUACUGUUUUGGGAGUUGGUGUUGGACAGCCAAGAAUGGGAAUGGGACAUGUGGUGUCUAUGAAGCCAGAAGUCAGACAGGCAGGAAUUUGGCCGACUGGGAUAAAUCCAGUUGGGAUUAGGCAGGUCAGUGUAAACCAGUUCCAAGGAAUUCCACCAUUGGAGCAAACAGAGGAUACUAGUGGUUUUCUAAGAGCAUGUAGAAUAGCUUUACCAAAGAAAGACAAGAUCACCAUUACUGUGGAAACCGCUAAAACUCAUCAGCAUUCAAAGGAAGAGGGGAUGAUGAAAAAUCAGUUUCAGGAUGACAGCAAUCCAGGUCAGAACAUGCAUGAGGAUACAGUUGAAGAAAGGCCAGAGGUGGUCACCUACACAUCAGAGCAUGAUACAACACUUGAUGAUGAGAAGCCUUGUAAGUUGGUCCAAAGUGCAUUUGAGGACAAUGAGAGUAUAGAAGAGUAUCCAACUCAAACAUCAGAAAAAUCUUCAAUUGUAAAUUUUGAGGGAAUCGCUGAAAAUCCAGCGAACACAUUUACAGAUGCGAUAAGUCAAUCAACAGAAUCCAAUGACUCACAACAUAAAGCAGAGGAAGAAAAGUUAGAACUGCAGAAAAAGCAUGUUCCCUCUGAAGGUUUUUCCAAGGAAGGAAUAUCCAUGGUCAUUGAAAUGUCCACAGAAGCUUUGCAGUCUGGAUCAGAUGUCACAGAUUUAGUUAAUACAGUCAAAGAGAAUGAAGAGUUAUCAACAUUCUCUCAAGGAGAGGGAGCCACCUCUACUCCAGACCCCAUCAACAUUGUAGACGAUCAAAUACAUGAUAGCACAGAAGAAAAUGUGGGCAGACAUGAAGCAGCACCUUUGAAAGAAGAGGAAGUGGAAGAAGAGGGGAGUUCAGCUCAGCUAAGCAUAGUUGAAGGUUCAGAGGACAGAAGUGCUGACGUUGGGUCAGAACCUCAAUUAAGUGAAGUCACAGAGGAACUAAGUGACAGGGACCUGGAGGAAGAUAUCCGUCCAGCAGAGAAUGUUGAAAGAAAUCAGGUCAUUGCCACCUCUGAUAGUAUCCAGGCAGAAGAAAAUAUGGAGGAAAUGACUACUGUCACCAGUGAUUCAUAUGAAGAGGUUACGGCUGAGCAGGAGCAAGUCUUAGAUCCUGAAGUGGGAGUCAAUUCUGUGGUUGACAAAUUGUCAGCAGCUCCUCCAAAUGAGAUUUCAACAGACACUGUGAAUGAGUCUGAAGAGAGGUCCAUCCCUGAUCAAAAAGCAAUGCCAGAUCUAGGGAACAGGAUAGAUGAAGGUCAUACAAAGACAGCUAUUGCUAAUUCUGAAGCAAGAACAUCAUUGCAAACUGUGAGCACUAUUUUACCUAAUCAAGAAGAUCUGGGUGACUCCAAUUUGAUAUUAGCAUCAGCAGAAAUGACCACUCAAGUACAAGCAGAGGGCUCCAGUGUCCCAACCAUUUCAACAUCAGAGCAACAUCUGGAUAUAGCGAAAGACAUUAGCACUGGCUACAGAGAAGAUGAUGCUAAUCAACAACAUAUGAUGUCGGAAUCAGGAGUAUACAAGGAUCAAGUCAAUGCAGAUGCAGACAGUAUAAGUGAUGUAGAGAAAGAGAAGAGUAUUUUGGAGGAAGGAGUGUCACAGCAGAGUGUUAGCACCCCCAAUGAACCCCAAGAUGAAGACACUGAGAGACAAUAUGCUUUGAGUUCUCAAAUGGAGGAUCAUUUCACCUCAGAUGACAACAUUACUGAAGAUGAAGAUGCUUUGGGGGAAAUGGCGUCACCUUUACAGAAAAAUAUAAGCUUCUCAGAUGACCAAGAUGAAGGGAGUGCAGAGGAAGAUUCAUCACUCACAAGUUUUGAAGUGGAUGGUUUCCUAAUUUCAGAUGAUAACAUACAAGUUCCAGAGGAAGAGGACAAGGAGACUGCAGAGGAAAUGUCGUUGUCCAUACAUCAAAAUGUUAGCAUCACAGACCACCAAGAUGAAGAUAUUAAAAGAGAAGCUGUAUUAGGAAGUUCUCUUUUGGAGGAUCAGAUCAUCACAGGUGACAAUAUGGAUAUUGGAGAGAAGGAGGAGCAUAUUGUGGAAGAAGUGGCAUCAGCCAUGCAGCCACAUCUUAGCAUCUCAAAUGACAAAGAUGAAGAGAUUGGAGAAGUAAAUGCAGGAAGUGUGAUUCACCAAGUAGAAAAUCAAUUCCUCUCUGAAGACAGCAUAAGAGACGGCCCGACAGAGGAGAAUAUUGUGGAGGAAGAGUCACCUGUACAUCAAACGGCUUUCAUCUCAGAGGAAAAUGAGGAGAGUGGAAAAGAAGAUUCCCACACAGUUUUUCAAGCGAAUGAUAAGAUCAUCUCAGAUGACAGUGUAAGUGAUGGAGAGAAAGAGGCACCAUCCAUACAGCAUAAUAUUUGCAUUUCAGAUGCACCAGGCACAAGUUCUCACGUAGAGGAAGAAGACAUUCAGUCUACCCAGUUGUUAGAAGAGGACUCUCAGCCUUUAGAGACUGAAUGUUUAUCUGAGGAAGAUAUUAAUUUAGCAAGUCAACAUGCAGAGAUGAACCCGGUGGCAGCAACGUCAAAGGUGGUCGUAACUCAAGAAACCCCUUGUGAAGUUACUCCACAUCAAGGGAUGAGCUUUUCUCAGACAGGAGACAUAAUUCUGGAUAUUCCUGAGAGACAAGAGACCGUUGGUCAAGCGUUAGUGACGGGUGCUAACUUGGAGGGUUUAGAUACUGUGGUUACAUCUUCGGAGAAGCUAAGAUCAUCCAGGGUGGCCACUGGACAGGUUUUCAUGUCCAGUCAAGAUAAAGGGGCCAGUAGUGGAAUAUUGGCAUCUGGACGAGUUGCUGAGGGUGAAACUAACCAGUAUGAUUACCACAACACAGACAUAGAUCUAAUUGAACAGAGUAAGCUUGGAGAUCUCACUUUGAAAGAAGGCAAAGCAGAGGUCACUUUUGACCCAGAGAUAACAGAGGGAUUAGAUCAUAGUGCAACUACUGCAUCUGGUCAGGUAUCACCAACAGUUUAUUCACAGAUUAAAGUGGUGGACAAAACCAUAUCUUCAGUGUUGGAAAAAGACCCAGGCUCAUCAGAGAGAGGAACUGCAUGUUUUAUUGGAACGUCGGACGUAGCUGAGGAUGCAGGUGACCUUGGUCAGAAUGAGAGAGUGCACAUGAUUAGAGAAGCAGCAGGGGUCUGCCCAAAUACUGUGGGGAGAGCUGGUUGGACAGAGGUUGUGUCAAAAGCUUCAGAUUACGCGGAUGGUACUGAGGCAGGUGGUGGUGAAGUGAGUCCUGUACAGCUUCAGUCAGUCAUCAGCCAAGCUCCUCGGAACAAAUCCAGAAAGAGUAAAAAAGACUCCAACAAGAGUCAAAACAACCCCUCUGGAAAGUGCAAACAACAGUGAUUGCUUACAGUAACCUGUAGCAUUAAAUGCCCCAUUUCAAUUGGCAACUUUCUGCACCAAUGUCAUCAUUGAAGUACUUCACCAUUUCUUGGGUUUAAUGAAAUUAAAUCUUUAAAAAAGGAGGGCUGUUUUACCCAGUAAAUAUAACACACUCAAUAUGUGAGGCUUCUGUUCACUUUAGACCUUCAUCUGGUAAAAUGAUAAGACAAACGAAGUGCUCGAUGUACUGAUACAGCUCAGCUGAUGACAGUAAUUGACCAGUCAGGCCUGGUUUGUGUAGCAGUGUUGAGGCUGUGUGGGGCAGACAGGCAGAAAUCUAAGCAAGUCACAGGUGAAGGGCAAUGCACACCGGCAUUUUUUGACACACUCAAGACCAGACACCAGCGGUGUCUUGACAUCGUGACCUAGACAGAUUGAACCGCACCAACCAGCAAUGAUUGAAGUCAAUGCAUCAGGAUUCUACUCUGUGGUAAUUCCCAAUGCUGAUGUGUGUUUUGACACAUUAUCUCGUCGGGUUGGCACAUCCCAGCUAACCUACCUUGAAUCUGCAGCCGGUUUGCGUCCCAACUAAGCAUACUGAACACUCCACAUAGCACAAAGAAGUUAACUUCUGAACUUCAAUUCCCAGACAUAGUUUAUGUUGAUGCUAGUUGACCAUGACUUUUAUGUCAAACAGCCCCAGAAAUUGGUUUGGUCAUGAGUUCCAGACAUGACAUUAAACGCCAUAAAGUCCACAGUGAAGACGCUAAAAUAACAUACACAAUAAGACCAGAACAUAAUCAUAAUAAAACACGUUCAUCAUAUUGAGACAACAAGAAAGUCAAAUUAAAAGUCAAUGCACAACAGUAAAAUAAAUAUGUAUAUAAAAGGGCAAAAGUGAAAUAGUUGUUUGAUGCUUUAUUAAAGGAGCAAUAUAUGACAUUUAGAGCAUUAAGCUGCAUGUUAUACAAGCUGAUGGCUACAAGAGUUCUUCUGUCUACUUAUUUGGAUUUUAUUUUCUAGAAGUGUCUUUCAGCAGCUCAGGUUUCUGCUGUGACUCAAGUUUGAGUGAAGGGGAUGGGUGCUGUCCUGUCAUUCUUUUCUAGUUUUUGAGUUUGGUUUACAGGCUUGUGAUUUUAGGGUCAAUGUCUAUGAUCUUUCCCACUGUCCUGAUUUGUUGUUGCAGCCUGGCUUGGUGCUGUUUGCUCAUUUUACCAAGCACAAAGAUAAGACAAAGACUUAACACCGACGUAUCAAGUAUUUGUAAUAUCCGACAGUUUGCAUUAAAAGUUAAAUUUGCGCAAAAAGUACAUUCUCUGUUGAAAUUUCCUGACUUUUGAAGUGGCACAGUCUGCGAAGAUGAGCUUUCUUGUCUACUCGUACUUUAUUCCACAGGAUAACAAGUAGAUAAAGACAGAGAAAUUUACCAACAGAGACAAAAUCAGAAUGUCAUUGUGUUGGUCAAGCUCAUUCCACAGAGUCUUUGUUAGUGAGCGUGUUUAUAUUUUCACAUUAAACAAGUCUACGGAACAUUUUCUGAAAAGCGAGCCACUUUGGCAACAAGUAAUAAUUAGAGGAAAAGGGUCAAUGCUAAAACAUGGCACACAGUAGCACAAGUAGCACAAGUAGAAGAGACCUAAAGUCAGUGAGGUGACUCAGGGAUGUCCUUUACACAGCACUGUCUAUCUAAGGUAUGCUGACAAUAGCUGCUUUAGUCACCAUAACUGAUGAUCCCUGUGUGUUCUACCGAGAAACGAGAGAUUUUAUAAUAUCUCAUGAUUUCAACUUUUGACUUGCAAGUGAAUGAAUGUGUUACUUCUGCUUUCAACAUGUGCAUGGCUGCACUUUGAAGGCCCAAUCAGAAGUUUGGGAUUAAACACUUUAAUUUCACAGUACAUUACAUUACAUUACAGUCAUUUAGCAGACACUUUUAUCCAAAGCGACUUACAAUA